AUGUCUCUUAUGCGAAACCCUAGACUCUUCGCCCGUCUUUUCAAUUGGGUAUCUGAAGUUUCUGUAGAAACCCUCUUUAAACCCCAACUCCCGGGUAACCCUAGAUCUUUCGCCACCCGAAGAAGAGUCGAUGCUGAAGUUUUCGGCGAGAAGUGGAGCUCCAGACCACGAAAUGAGAUUCGGAAGUUGGCUCAGGUUGCGAUGUUUGAUUACUUCUACAACAACAGGGGAUUGCAGUUUCUGAUCGCCGAGAGUAUGAGCGAGAAUGCGCCUGUUUUUAACGAUAAUCUUCUCAAGAAGCUAAACUGUGACGCUGAUGGCGACGAUGAUUUGGUGAGAUCCAUCACCAGGUUUCUAUGGUUUCACCCUGUGAAUGAAUUCGAGCCGUUCCUCGAGAGUUUAGGCCUGAACCCAUCUGAGUUUAGCCAUCUGAUUCCCUGCGAUAAGAUGUUCUUGAAUGAAGACGCUUUUUUGCUGGAUAAUUACCAUGUCUUUUGGAACUAUGGAAUCGUCAGGGAGAAGAUGGGGAAGAUCUUCAAGGAAGCUAGGGAAGUUUUCGGGUAUGGAACUGGGGUUUUAGCUUCCAAGAUCAAGGCUUGUGAGGAUUUGGGGUUUAGCAAACUGUUUUUAUCCAAACUUAUUGUCUGUAGCCCGAGUAUCCUGAUUGGGAAUACGCAUGUGGAACUGGCUAAAGUCAUGGAGAUGCUGAGAAGAAUGGGUUUUGGUUUCGACUGGGUAUCAGAGAACUUAUCAGAGGAAGCAUCUUAUGAUUGGAGCUCUAUGCAUAGGUGUUUGAAUUAUCUUAGAGCUAUGUGUGUCGAUGAGGAUGAGCUGCGUGAGCUAAUCAGGGAGCGGCCAAGACUGAUUUUCGACAACUCAGGGGAAUGGACACUGGUUCUUGCUGGGUUUCAAACGAAACUAGGGUCAUCAAGAAGUGAAGUCUCUUCGUUGCUCCUGAAACUCCCGCUGAUUCAGGAGUUAAGGAAAUGCGUUUCGAAUCUUAGGCACUGCUUCCUGUUCCUGAAAGAUAUCAAGAUGGAGGCUGAUGAGAUCGGCGAGGUUUUCCGCUCUCACUCUUCGUGGCUCGCUGUGUCUCGUUUGAAGCAAACCAGUACUUUUCUUAACACUUUGAAAGGUGGGAAAAAACGGCUUUGUCAAGUCAUUCAAGAGAACCCAGAGGAGAUGAAAAAAUGGACAAUGGGGAUAAGAGUCCAGCCACUACCAGGUACCGAAGUGUACAUAGAUUCGAAAGCAAUGAAGACUGCGUUUCUGUUGGAGCUUGGAUACAAGGAGAACUCAGAGGAAAUGGAGAAAGCACUCAAGAGUUUCCGCGGCAGAGGAUCUGAGCUCCGAGAGAGGUUUAAUUUCCUUGCGAGUUUGGGGUUUAAUGAGAAAGAUGUCAAGGAUAUGGUGAAAGCAUCUCCUGAUAUCCUCACUCAGGCAAGUGAUGUACUGGAAACGAAGGUUAACUACCUUGUAAACGAGUUAGGUUAUCCGCUUUCGACUUUGGUGGCUUUCCCUACGUGUCUUAAGUACACUCUUCAUCGGAUGAAGCUCAGGUUUGCGAUGUUUUCAUGGCUUCGAGCACGAGGAAAGGUAGACGCGAAGCUUGCAGUUAGUACUAUACUUGUGUACUCGGACAAGACCUUUGCGACUAGAUUUGUAAACCGUCACCCGGAUGGGCUUAAGCAUUUUGAGGAUUUGAAGAAACAGAGGAUUGACACACAAGAGUGUUCAUCAAGUUUAUAUAGGAUUGACACACAACAGUGCAAAUAA